AUGAGCAUAGAGACGCUACUGGAGGCGGCCCGCUUCCUGGAAUGGCAAGCGCAGCAACAACAGAGAGCACGUGAGGAGCAGGAGCGGCUUCGCUUGGAGCGGGAGAGGGAGCAGGAGCAGAAGAAGGCCAGCAGCCUGGCCAGGCUGGCCCAUGCCCUGCCCGUGGAGGAGCCCCGCAUUGAAGCACCACCCCUACCUCUGUCCCCUCCGGCACCCCCGCCAGCACCCCCACCCCCACUUGCCACCCCCACCCCACUGACUGUCAUUCCUAUUCCAGUAGUGACCAACUCUCCUCAACCUCUGCCCCCACCCCCACCACCCAGUCAGGCCAACAGCGAGGCCCCGCCCCUCCCAGAGCACGCGCGCACCCACGCGGACCCGGCCUUGCAGCGUCACUCCCUGCCGGCUGCACCCUCCCCUCGGAGCACGGAAGCCCCGCCCCCACCCCGUUUCCACCAAUCUUCGAGCCCGACCCCUCCCCUCCAGGGUGCCGGGAAGCGGCCUGGAGGCGCGCCAGCCCCUCCCCCUCACCCGCAGGGCGGGCGGAAGGGCGCGCGUUCGCGGGAGCUUGGGAGGGAGCAGACGGCUGGGAGCAGUCGCGAAGCAGCGCCUCCGCCCCCUGAACAAGUCAGGCUCCGGUUACCUCAGGGCUGUGACCCCGCAGCACUGCGGGCGGGCUGGAGGCGCCGGGGCGGCUCCACGCCCUUCUCACCCGCGGGGGCACUAAGAGCGCCAGGCUGUAACGCGGGCCCGGGCACCGGGUCUGAAAACCGAGCUGCGGAGACGGCGCAGAUGGCGGGGCUCCGCGGGGCGGCCGAACGGGAAAAGGGGGGGGGCGGAGAAGGGAACGCCGCGGCCGCCCUCCCCCGCGCACGCGCGCCCGUCCUCCCGCCCCCUCGCGGGCGGGGAGCCCCGCUGACCCCCGCACCUCUGCCUCCCCAUCCACACCCCCACUCCCAGCCUGUGGCCCUGUCUCCUGUCCACCUGCCUGGGCAGCAGCCGCCACCACAGCAGAAGACACCUCUGCCAGCCCCUCCUCCCCCACCGGCUGCCCCUGCCCAGACGCUGGUGCCCGCUCCAGCCCAUCUGGUGGCUGCAGCUGGUGGAGGUUCCACGGUCAUCGCCCACACGGCCACCACCCACGCCUCAGUCAUCCAGACUGUGAACCACGUUCUACAGGGGCCGGGCGGCAAGCACAUCGCCCACAUUGCCCCCUCGGCCCCCAGCCCUGCUGUGCAGCUGGCACCUGCCACACCCCCCAUUGGCCACAUCACAGUGCACCCUGCCACCCUCAACCAUGUGGCCCACCUCGGCUCCCAGCUGCCCCUGUAUCCACAGCCCGUGGCAGUGAGCCAGCCCGUGGCGGUGAGCCACAUUGCCCACACCCUCUCACACCAGCAAGUGAAUGGCACAGCGGGGCUGGGACCCCCAGCCACUGUCAUGGCAAAGCCAGCUGUGGGGGCUCAGGUGGUGCACCACCCCCAGCUGGUGGGCCAGACAGUGCUCAACCCCGUGACCAUGGUCACCAUGCCCUCCUUCCCGGUCAGCACACUCAAGCUGGCUUGA